GCACCAGAAAUAAAUGCUGCACCAGAAAAAAAUGCUGCACCAGAAAAAAAUGCUGCUGUGGUAAAUUAGAGGUUAUCUUACCUGUCUUUUUGAAAAAUGGUGAUCAAUCAGGAACGCCAUAAAAUGCCAGAAAAAUGUUUACCUACUCAGAUAAGUGAGCUAUUCUAUCAUAACCAAUUUUUUUAUGCAACGGCAGAUGCAGCUUGGUAAUCACAGAAAUAAGAUUUAUCCCCAUUCCCAUAACACUUACAGAGGAGGCUUUUUAUUUCAUCAAUUUUCUACUAGUCAAGAUGAUAAACAUUUGUUCAUACAAUAAAGGCAAUUUUGUAGCAAUUCGAUCGCACCGUUCAUUGUUUAUACUUGUUAUAAGAGAACACGUUUUCAAUUAGGUGUAUAAUUUUUAUGUUUUAUUCAUCUACACAGAGGUUAGUGUGGCCACCUGGAACUAGAGUGGUUGGCAAAUAUUUUUUCAGGGGGAGAUCAAGUGAGGUAAGCUUUUUAAUGAUUUUAUCAAAAAUUGACCUGUGUUUGAGGGAGUGGUGACCUUACAAUGCUGACUGAUUAGGCAACAUUUACUUAUUUUUCCUUUACAAACUAGAACACACAAAAGCAAUCCGUUAUUACACAAAGGAGAACCUCUUUGAGACUGUACUUCAUCAGUUCAUUAUGAUUUUUAACAAAGAAAAUAUUGAGAAGCCUUUUUUCAUUGAAUUCCUUCAGUUUCUGUUGUGCAAUUUACGGUACAAACGUUCAAAUUGAAUCGACAUGGAAAGACUCACCGAGAGCGUAUAUUUGUUGUAGAACUGAAAUUAAAGCUUCGCUGCCCCUUUCACUACGAACAAAUUGUUUGAGAAAAUUCAGUUAUUAAAUGAAUGAAAGUUCCAUCGAUUAGUUCAACUGCAACCAAAUACCUCACGUUUUAACUUUCUAGUUACUUUUGGUAACGAUUAAAAUUAAUUGCAAACAGUUUUUAGGCCGCAUGUCACGUAAUGACACUAUUGCUUAUACAAAUUCAUUCUGAAACCAAUAUUUUUCUGUCAACCAAAGUGAAUUGAGAGAGAGAUGAAUAGAGGAUUAAGAAGUUAUUUAUCGGCUUGAGGUAGUGACCAACGUCUCUAUUUAAAAAUACAGCCCAGCCGGAAAAACGAGAUAUAUUCAAAGUAGGGAUGUACUCGGUGACUCACGAAAGCGUUACCGUGGCCCGUGGGCAGAGAUAGGAAAAUACUGACCGGGUAAAGAACCAAUCAGAUUGCAGGAUUCGUUAUCGUGCCCUCUGAAAAAAAAAAUUAUCUUUCAUCAGGUCUGCCUGUAUUGUCCUUUUUCAGGAUAUGAGGUAACGAUGAAAACAAACCACUGCUGGGAUAAAAGGGCUGACAGAUCUAUUUUUUGAUUUAGGACUUGCGGUUUAGAGUGGGGGAAGUUCUCGUCAUUGACAGCGCUACUAGGGUGAGUGCAAAUAAAAACCUCGAAAAAUUUUUUGGCAUUGCUUUGGCUGUUUUGUGUGAUGCGCUGGUUUAUGAAACUCACAAGGAAAAGAGUGUAUUUUCGUGCUACCUCUUAUUUGUGAGUUACAUUAUUUAAAGUACUUAUUUCCGGUAAGACUCACCUUACUCGGGUUAAAAAUUUCUCGGAAGGUUGGGGAAUCGUAUGGCUGCCGAGUGAAUGACAUAAAGAAAACGAGGUUUCGGUUUGUUUAUUUAGUCAUUUGACAUCAAGUUAAAUCUAUGAGUGUGAAGGACCUGCGUUUUACUGGGCUUACGGAUUAGUCUAUCUAACAGGCGUCUACACAAGGAUAGAGCAUAAAUGAUGUUCAUACUUACCCUCCGAGACCCGAACCUUGACCUUCUUCACUGUUACUCGGCGCUUUAUUAGAUGAGCACACCAGUGGGCAGAUUUAGUUGAUAACUGAGGUCUCGGAUCAGUAAAUGUCAGUCUUAUAAUCAAUAACAUCUAAAUAUCUCGGAAGAGGUCUUAAGGAUGCGAGGUAAUUUCAAUUUGGGUUUAUCUGACGGAUAUUGUUAAUUCUGUCUCUUGUCUGUUUUCUUUAGGAUCCCAACUGGUAUAGAGCUAUUAAUUGUAAUGGACAAAUGGGGAUGAUUCCUUACAACUAUGUUAAGAAACAAAACCCUGUGGAACUCAAGCCCAUGUCGUAAGUUAAUUUUUUGAAUGCCCUCGGUGGAGUUAAACGUAAAUGUUUGCACUGAAAUCGCCAAGUUUGCUAAAAUGCUGUAGAGUUUCAAAAUUUUUUUUAAAUUAUAGUUCACCUUGAUAAUCAAAUAAUUCUCUUAACCAAGCAAAGGCUUGGCGUAAACCAAAAUAUAGGGACUGGCAAUAGUGGCAGGCGCCCAGGCACGAGCUUUCAAUUUGAGUGAAAAUGGCCACGCUAGAGGGGUUACGCGUAUUAUGAAGGUCAGAGGUGAUAACAAAGAAGAUGGUGAUGCUAACGAAGACGAUGAUAAACUCUUUCGCAGUACGGGGUAAACAGAUGAAACUGUAUCUAUGUUAACAGUUCCUUUACCUUCCGGAUUGCGAUUUCUUCUAACUAAAUUGUUCUUGAUGAGUUGCGUAAUCUUUUCAAAUCUUUCAGUCUUUGAAUCCACCUGCUUAUGCAUUUUUGGUGGAUGUAUUAAAUCGUAGACGUCACUCGUCUACGAUUAGAUUGUCAAAUCGUAACUGUAAGCUAUCGUUGAUUUUUGAUCAAAAUCACAGAUGGUUUCAUGGAAAUAUAAGCAGAAUAGAGGCUAAGAGGCUCCUCGACCCUUGCGAAGACGGACUGUUUCUGAUAAGGAACAGUGGCAUGUUUAAGGGGGACUAUGCUGUUUCGGUCUGGUAUGUCUGUAGUUUUUCGUAAUUAUCGGACUACAAAGUUAACUGUUUGUAUCUUCGAGGAAUUCUGAAGAGACAAAAAAACGCUUCGCUUAUCGCAAGGUGUCACUGGCGAAUUCUUUACUUAAUGUUCUUAGAAAUUUGGUCCAAAUAGCCUUAGGUGGUACGUAGUCAUUACUUAGCUCCUAUGGUGAUUCCUCAGAAGAAAAAGUUAUCGAACGAUUUUUUUUAAACUUUCGUUCAGUGUCUGUUUCGAAAACUACAAUAGAAAAGAUAGGUCACCGUGUUUGCUUAAGAGGUGUAAUAGGCUGGUCUUACCCCAUUUUUGCCUGUGCUGUAAUGGCUAGUUUUUCCCCUCAUUAAACAUUUGGCAGCCUACAUCUAAAUACCUUUACUAAUGAUCCCUUAUUGUGUGCAUUCUGUAGCUCCAACACAUCAAUCCACCGUUUCGACAUCUUAGCCCACCGCUCACAAGUUUACAUAUCCUGCAUUUCUCUUCACAGCUAUGCUAACAAGAUCGAACACUAUAGAAUCAGGAAGACGGAUGAUGGAAAACUUACAGUAGACGAUGAAGUUUUUUUUGGAAGUCUUUUUGAAUUUGUGGAGGUAAGGGUAUUUACAUUAAGGUGUAUAGUAAUCAGUGCUCCAGUUCACUGUUAUAGGACUUAUACUUUCGUAACUGGGUCAAGACUCUUGCAAAUGUUAACCACCAGGCACAGUUACCGUGACGUCAUGACAUCAUAAAAUUUUUUCAAUAGCUUCCAUUUCAAUUUCGGUGAGACUUCGGGUAUUAGGAGGAUUCGCCCCAUCGCGAGUUCGCCACCUACCACCUUGGGGAAAUCGCCUCCUGAGGUAAAAAAAAAAAAAAUUCGCCCCCUCUUUUACAAAUUCGCUCUCACUGAAAUCUUUCGUCUCGUUUCUUUACAAAGGAAAGUAUUCUUUUGUAUAUUUUGUUAAGUCACUGUACCUCGAAUAGCAGAGUAGAACUGACACCGAGAACAGAGCAAAAAAACACAUGCUCACACUUCAUUUUGUUCAUUUGACCUGUACUCAAAGUUCGCUCCUUUGCAUCACGGUGUGGCUUUUCUUAGCAUUAUUCAAGGUCAGCGGAUGGACUUUGCACGAGGCUCGCAAAACCUGCGCGUGGAGAAACAACAUUUUAUACCGGCAUUUUUCGAAGUUCCUUUGAUGAAGGUAAGCAGCCAUGCAAGAUCAGUUUAUUGGCAAUAAACUUCUGAGUGACCUCUCCUUAACUGCUGAAAAGUAACUGUAACGCCUUCGAGUUAAAUGCGUGAGGUGACAUAACUUUUUGGAAUCUCUGGUGAUAGGAAAAUAUUUUACUUUCAACAGGAGAUUUUCCUGAUUAUUUUUUGUUAAGUUUUCAUGACAAAAUUAGGUUUGAGUAAUAUGGGUAAUCUCCACUUUAUUUAUCUUGUACCAAAGUAAAGUGGUUGAGGAAUUUUUGUCGUCGAAUCUCUCCGUUAUUCCAAUUUCAAACCUUCGCCUUACUCACGAAGGAAAGUUCAGUCAUAAGACCCCCCCGUUACAAAUUCAUUCCUCGCUGCUGAAAGAGCAGCGUAAAAAUAUUUCCAUGUUUCAUCACGUAUGUAAUUGCUGCUUACGUGUCGAGAUAGUAUUUAAAGAGAUUAGAUCAAUCAGAGAGGAGAAAAGAUUUAACUCAGAUAACUCGAACCUCCUAGGGUUCGAGCUUUAAGGAUAUAUAUGUUUAUUAUCCAACUGCACAAAGUAGAGUACAAAUAACGUGCAAAUAGAGUACAAAUGUCCUGUGAUAUUGCACAGUUAUUUGGACAAUUGGUCAUUUUGUACUGUAAAAAAACACUUGCUUAACCAGUCGGCUGUGCGCACUACGCUUCUCCAGCCGCUCAGCUUUUCCUGCCUCAUGAGAAAUGAACUGAAAGACUUGGCAGAGAAAAAAAGCAGUUGGAUAAUAAAUAACUUAUUAGACGUUUGGUGUGUGGUAUCGCUGAGUAUUUUUACUCACGGAGCAGCUCAUAAAAAUGCAUGUACUCAACGAUGCUACACAACAAAACGUCCAAUAAGAUAUAUGUAUUUUCGCGGCUGUGCCGUAUUUUGACGAGCCUGCCGGGCGAUUCAAAAUACAAAAAACGAGUAAAAGUACUCAACAUUUCAAAACGUUUUAUAAGUUAUUUAUUAUCCAACUGCUUUAUACAAUGCACAUCUCUAACAAGGCGGGAAAAGCGAAGUAGAUAGAGAAACGUAGCACGCAUAGCCGACCGGUGAAACAGGCACUUUUUACAGUACGAAAUAACAAACUGUUGCGUGAUAUUUGUACUCUAUUCGCGGAUUAUUUGUACUCUACGCAGUUGGGCAAUAAGUUGAAGUAUACACUAACGCUAAUAAGUGGGAUGUAACCUUAAAUUGUAGCGAGUGGGCAGUUUGAGAUAAUUGGAUGCGAUUUAUAAUGCCAUAGAUUAACCAAGGUAUAGAAUCUGUACCAAAUUUGUUUUGUUUUCAGGUGGGUGGGAAAUAAGCCGUAGUUGCAUUUAUUUCAGGGAUCGCAUAAGAAGAGGAGACUUUGGGGGUUAGUAUAAAUAAUUACUCGAUUUGAUUUACAUUUGCCUUUAAGGUACAUAAUGUUGCUUAAGCUUCAAGCUUAGAAACGCGUCCCUUCUGGGCUUUGUAAGGACUACUUCUGCGAGUAAAAAGUCGUUAGCUUGCUCGCAUCCACACGAGCACCUGACGAAGAAAGCCACUGUUCGUUUCCGAAACCGGUUUUGCUUUCUAUAUCAGUUAUUUAAAGAAACAUUGGCCACCAUGGACGACAGUGAAAGUAAUGCAUACCCGCUGAAAUGAGUCCGUGGUAAGAAGGGUUUUGUAAAAGGAGAGGUGCUACGUUUAUUGAGAACAGACUCAGUUAGAGAAUCCUUUGAGUUAGGAAAGAGAAAAUUUUUAACUUGCCCUAUAGAACGAGGCUAUCCUCAGGAUCUCGUCGAAAAGAUCUUAGCCGAAGUACAAUUCUCAUCACGCAACACGGCUUUAAAAAAGAGAACCGAAAACAUCUUAAAAGAUUUUGCCGUUCUUCACGACUUUCAACCCUGUUAACCUGAAUCUUAAAAAGAUUCUUAUGUUGUUGCUCACCAGAAGGUCAGGUCUCUAAAAGAUUCUCUUGUUAGAGCACAACUUCCUUCACUUAAAUUACAUAACAGCAUUUUAGGAGUUAUAUACGGAAAGGGUCUAAUAACUAUACUACAACACUUACAUAGGAUAUUACCAAAUAUGUAGAUGGAUAGAUAGGCCAACAGACAGAAAGAUAGGUAAGAAUAUGAAUGAAUCGAUUCAUUGAAAGACUGCCGUUUUUUUCAAUAAACGAAACUUGCGAAACCAAAUGAAGAAAAAAUAACUAGCAGAUUGAACUCAUUGGAUUCUGGGGAUUAUAGAUAAUCACCAAGUGACAUACCCUAAACGGUCCUAAACGGACUUUUAUCCCUUCACCCGUGAUACCCUAGCACAGUACCCAGCCCUUGUUACAUUUCUUGCCCACGUGAUAUUCAUUUCACCCUUUGUCACAAGCUCAUAUGCGGGAAAUAGUAUUUGUUAAAUAGACAUGUAAUUUUAUAAGUAGUGAGGAGAAAAUUAGAGCGGUUAGCUGUAAGUACAUGAAAAGGAAAUUUAUCUUAAUGUGGAAACUAGGAUUGAUCGAUUAUUCAUUAACCCCUCAGAUAUUUUUCGAGCUGUAUACCGUGGUCAGAAGGUGGCUGUGAAAAAAUAUUCAGCAGAGAAGUAUCAAGAUGUUCAGGCGUUUUUUAUAGAGGCUGCCAUCAUGACGUAUGUAAAGUUUGACAUUGUACUGUUGUAGCGCUGGGGCUUUGCUUCUUUUGCAAGUUUGUUACCUUAGACGUGCAUUAUUUCAAGCACUGCAAGUAACUACAAGAGAAUAUAAUUAUAUUGUCUUAGUAACUAGCGCGAGCAAGUGCAUCAAAGGAAAGUUCUUGUAUAUUCAUUGGCUGUGUUUAUGGGGGCGAUAUAUUUCAAACAUUGUCAUAGUUCGCAAAGUCUUUUCAAAGAAAGAUUUGAGUGAGUAGUUCCUUAUGGUGCUUUUUCUUGAUAAACUCCUUAACAACUAGGCUUUUAUCAAACUAAUUCUUAACUUUUUUUGUUUAGAAAUAGAAAUAGAAAUAGUUUGAAAACCUGCACUGAGCCGACAGGUAGCUGUGCUUGCCUUUUUUGUUUUACAGGAAUUUACGGCAUAAUAAUAUCGUGACAUUACUUGGAGUGUCUUUGACCGGAAUCCCUUUUUACCUUGUGACAGAGUUUUGUGCAAAGGUAAGCGUUUCAGUACCAUGGGAAAAGUUGCUUUUGAUCAAAAAGUUGCAGGUCACCUCGAUUGAACUUUCGGCGACAUGUCCACAACAGCCAAAAAUAUACAGACUUCGAGAAUUUAACGUCUUUUAAGUGUAUUGAUCCAUGUUCCCUCGAGUCAGUUCUAAACUUGAAUAAUAUUGUUCAUAUUGUAACGAGACUUAAACUGAAAAAGUGUCAAUGCAUGGAGAUAAAGUUCUGUCAAUGAUUAAUCUGCGUGUUUGAAUUGGAGAGUGGGAAGUUUAAUGGUAUCUGUCUGUAUAAUGAUAAAGAGAGGUAUCCAAUAUAACGUAUGUGAAGGAUGAAAUGUGCUAUUGGGCCAAAACCCAUACAGAGUCGGCUUUCCAGUCACUUAAUUGAGGUCUAUUUAAUCUGAUUAUGUUACUUAUCGUUUUUGGAUUAGCGUUCCCUUUCAAAUUAUGGUAAAUAUUUUCCAUCUUUUUUUCUAGGGAAAUUUGUUGGAAUUCUUGUCGAGAACAGGCUCAGAUACAAUCCAAGAAGAUGAUCUUUUGAGACUUGCUAAGUAAGGAAAUUGACUUCACAAAACAUUUAUUGAGAGGCUAGAUUAUCUUUUUUUCAUAUCUACUAUCCAUGGUUAUUCCAAAUGUCACGAGCAAAUGAUUUGAUUUAAAGGUGUCUUUUCCUGUGUGGAGGAUCAAAUCAAGGGCUGGUGUGUCUGCAGCUUUUCUAAUAGCGUUUUGUUUGUUUGUCUCUUGUUUCGUUUUUCUUCCUUUUUUCGAUAAAUGUCUCUUGUCGCGGAGAACAAAAGAUUCUUUGCGGUGAGCAAUUGAACAUACGUUUGGGAAAUCAAACGAACCGAGUGCAUUUCAGGAUUUAUGAGCACAAGUGAUGUUUUGAAAACCUAUCAAAACAUCACAAGUGGCCUUCAACACCAAAUUUUAUUGAUUUAUUACACCCUCAACAAAACUCUCCUAGCGAAAACUGAGCUGUCUUUGAAUUCAUCAUUUAUGAAACUUAAAGUAAACGGUAAAAAAGUUACACGUGCAUGUGGCCUACUAAGAAGUUACAAUUUAAAUGAUUUUUUACUUGGUUUUUUUCAUUAGAAUUAAAUUGCAAAAACAUUCUGUUCCACAGGGAUGUAGCUGAUGGUAUGAAGUAUUUACAAUCCAAAGAUGUGGUUCACAGGUAAAAUUUAUCGCAACAAAUGUUUGGAACACUGAGGCAUUAAAAUAUGACACAUGAUGACAAAUUCUAGGAACUUAAAGUUUUCGUUGAAAGGGAACCAAGAUACACAAUUGUUUACGUAUUUUGAUUGGUUCUCAAUUGUAAUCUGUUGGAGGAUAGACGUAUAAAUGACGUCACCAUCAACAGCAUUUUCUCCUGGUAUCAUGUAAAACCAAAAGAUUCUAUGAGGACGUGGGUAUAAAUAGAUCACAGAAGACGUCAAAAUGUAGUAAGAACAUUAGCGACACACUCAGCUGCGCCUGUGUGUCACUUUUUCGUUCUUUCCACAUUUUGACCUCAUCUGUGAUCUAUAACUGGACAGACGUAGGGCAACAUGGAAUCUGUUUGUUGCAUUGAAUAUAAGUUUGGGAAAUCAAACGAACCAAGUGCUUUUCAGGAUUUAUGAGCAUAAUUGAUGUUUUGAAAACCUAUCAAAACAUCACAAGUGGCCUUCAACACCAAAUUUUAUUGAUUUAUUACACCCUUAACAAAACUCUCCUAACGAAAACUGAGCUGUCUUUGAAUUGAUCAUUUAGGAAACUUGAAGUUGAAAUGGUGCAAUACGCAAACGAUAUCCUCGAGAAGAGAAAGUGCUUAGAAACAUUACGAAUCGCCUCACCAGUAAUAUGACCCACAGCCCUAAUGACAAAAAUUCUGAGCUAUAGAGUAAAUUUUUUUUCUCAAAGUCAAAUAAACUUGGAUAUGCUAUCAAUAUUUGCAGUUUUUCUUAUCCUAACUAUCACCUCUUUUUCAUAUUUAUAUAUUUUUACUCCAGGGGGUUAAUGGCGAGGAAUAUUCUGAUCCAUGAAGAUGGAACAGCAAAAGUAGGGUUAUUAACGAGUUAUAACACUUCCACGUAUAAAAACAUGAGCAUCUCGGGAGUAGUUGGUUUCAGCUUUUUCAGUCAUCCUUUAUUUUGCAGGCUUGUGAAUUGUCAGUUAUUUUUCAGCUAACGUGUAGCUAUACUGUUAUAUAAGAUGAGAAAAUAGCUUGACUUCCACAUCAGCCAUCUAUUCCGUGAUAAGGUUAAGAGAAUGAAACAUUAUUCAGACUCCACAACUUACAUUUAAACGUCAGAUCACGGAAGUUGUCUUCUGCCCAGGGAGGCUUUGAGAGCUAUGGUUUAUUCGCUUUCUGCAAUCUAACAGCUUCAAACUGAUUACCUCAGACGUAGCCUUAAAAUCGCGAAGCAGUGUGGGUCUCUUUUCAAGAAUCCCCGCAUGUGUUUUGUCGUCUUUCUUUCUCUUUAGGUGUCAGAGUUUGGACUCGCACAGGUACCAUCUUUAAGCUCUGGGCGGAAAAAUACUUCUGACGAGUGGACAGCUCCAGAAACAAUCAGGCAGGGGGUACGGCGUACUUUACGAUUAAUUGCUCAAGUAGUACAAUUUAAAGAAUAUCCAAAGAUACAUAUGCUCUCAAUCAAUAAUUUUGUUUUGUUUUUUGUUGUUAUUUUCUUUUUCAUAUUACAUUUUUUUUUUGCAUUAAUUUAUAUUCUUUGAUAUGGGUGGAUAUUUUUCGUUUUUCAGAUUUGUUGGUUUGGUUUUAUCUGCAGAUAUUUUCCUCUCAGUCCGAUGUAUGGAGUUAUGGCGUCUUAUUAUGGGUGCUUUUUUCGUUUGGUGAAAAUCCUUAUUCCGGCCUGGUAAGCGUAGAGUUUGAUUAAUGGAUACGAUCACAUUCAAAGGUCAUUACGUAGCUGGUAACGUUCAAACUUUUGAUUUCGAAUCGUGUAGUUUAUUUUCAUUUGCAUUUCAAUUGACUUUACAAAACCCCAAUUUGACGAAACAGGAAAGAAAAGCUAAGCCAUUCCUGUAAGUUCAAAGCUCAAAGCUCAAAGUCCAAACAGUUCAAAGAAAUAGACAAAUGAAAAGUUUAUUGUUUUUUUUUAAUAUGGAUUUAUUUGGAAAGUAAAAAUUUGAAUGAAAGUAUUUCACCAUGGUUGCUUCUAAUUGGGGUCUGGUUUAAGCCCGCAGAUCAUUUAGUCGACAAGAUCGAAAGAGGAUAUCGAAUGGAAUGUCCUAAAGGAUGUAAUACUGUCAUCUACGGUAUGAUGAGCAACUGCUGGGAUAUUGAUCCAAAGGAACGUCCAAAUUUCAAAGAGAUUUGUAAAUUAUUGGCUGAUUUUUAUUACGGUUUGUAUUCUCAUGUAUUAUAA